AUGAAAGAUAAAACUACUACAACAUCAGAAUGGGAUGAAACACCAUCAACCAAAACUACAGCAGCAGUAGCAGCAACACCAAGAAGAAAUAGAUGGGAUGAAACACCACAAAAGUUAGCAACAUCAACUAUAGAACAGACACCAAAGAGAAGAUCUAGAUGGGAUGAAACACCUGUAACGAUUAGUGGUGGUAUGGGAGGAUCUGCAACACCUCAAAUAAUGAGUGGUGGUAUUGGUGCGACACCAAGAUUCGAUGUAUCAUCUACACCAAACGUAUUGAUGCAUGCUGGUAUGAUGACUCCCGAUGUACAUCAAUUACGUGCAGAAAAGGAAUUGGACGAACGAAACAAACCAUGGACAGAUGAAGAUCUCAAUGCAGCAUUGCCAUCGGAAGGCUACGAAAUAUUAAUGCCACCUAGUAACUAUCAACCCAUCAUGACACCUGCCAGAAAGUUAAUGGCUACACCUGCUGCAGGUGUUGGUGGUGGAUUUUUUAUGCAAGAGGAAAAUAGAUCACAAGACUAUGGUGUUUCAGAGACAAUGACUCAGGGUGGUCUACCAAUCAAACCAGAGGAUAAACAAUAUUUUGACAAGUUGCUCAAAGUAAGCGACGAGGAUGAAGAGAUGCUCUCACCAGAGGAGCUAAAGGAAAGAAAAAUUAUGAAAUUAUUAUUGCGUAUCAAGAAUGGAACACCACCAAUGAGAAAGGCUGCUCUUCGUCAACUAACAGACAAGGCAAAGGAAUUUGGUCCUGCCGCUCUGUUUAAUCAAAUCUUACCACUCUUUACAUCACAAUCGUUGGAAGAUCAAGAACGUCAUCUUUUGGUCAAGGUCAUCGAUCGUAUUCUCUACAAGUUGGAUGAUUUGGUUCGUCCCUUUGUCAGAAAGAUUCUUUCAGUCAUUGAACCAUACCUCAUCGAUCAAAACUAUUAUGCUCGUGUAGAAGCUCGUGAAAUCAUUUCCAAUCUUUCAAAGGCUGCCGGUCUUGCCAGUAUGACUGCAACAAUGCGUCCAGAUAUCGACAGUCCAGAAGAGGAUAUUAGAAAUACGACUGCUCGUGCAUUUGCAGUUGUCGCAUCUGCCUUGGGUAUUCCUGCACUCCUUCCAUUCCUUACUGCCGUUUGUCGUAGUAAAAAAUCAUGGCAAGCAAGACACACUGGUAUCAAGAUUGUCCAACAGAUUGCUAUUCUAAUGGGAUGUGCCAUUUUGCCACAUCUAAAGGGCCUCGUAGAGAUUGUUGAACACGGUCUCACAGACGAACAACCCAAGGUUCGUACCAUUACCGCUUUGGCUAUUGCAGCCCUCGCCGAAGCAGCCACUCCCUAUGGUAUCGAAUCAUUUGACAGUGUUCUCAAACCACUCUGGUACGGUAUUCAACACUAUCGUGAAAAGGGAUUGGCCGCCUUUUUCAAGGCCAUUGGUUAUAUCAUCCCACUUAUGGAUGCAAGUUAUGCCAGCUACUAUACCAAAGAAGUGAUGGGUAUUCUCAUCAGAGAAUUCAAAACCAACGAAGAUGAAAUGAAAAAGAUUGUGUUAAAGGUUGUCAAGCAGUGCGUUGGAACAGAGGGUGUAGAGGCUCAAUACAUUAGAGACGAAGUGUUGCCAGAGUUUUUCAAAUGUUUUUGGAUCAGAAGAAUGGCUCUCGACAGAAGAAAUCACAAACAAUUGGUAGAUACCACCGUAGAGUUGGCCAACAAGGUUGGCGGUGCAGAGAUUAUCUCUCGUAUUGUAGAUGACCUAAAGGACGAGUCAGAGGCUUACAGAAAAAUGGUUAUGGAAGCUAUUGAAAAGAUCAUCUCUACACUUGGCGCUUCCGAUAUCAACCCUCGUCUUGAAGAACAGUUGAUCGAUGGCAUUUUGUAUGCCUUUCAAGAACAAACCACCGACGAAACUGCCAUUAUGCUUCAAGGUUUUGGUACAAUCGUCUUGGCACUUGGUGUGCGAGUCAAGCCCUAUCUCACCCAAAUCGCAGGUACCAUCAAGUGGCGUCUCAACAACAAGGCGGCCAAGGUACGUCAACAAGCUGCCGAUCUCAUCUCUCGUAUUGCAGUGGUCGUCCAAAUGUGUGAAGAGGAGCAACUCUUGGGUCAUCUUGGUCAAAUCCUCUAUGAAUACCUCGGUGAAGAGUAUCCAGAGGUAUUGGGUUCGAUUUUGGGUGCACUAAAGGCCAUUGUCAAUGUUAUUGGUAUGACCAAAAUGACACCACCCAUCAAAGAUCUCCUUCCACGUCUUACACCCAUUCUCAAGAAUCGUCACGAAAAGGUACAAGAGAAUUGCAUCGAUUUGGUAGGUCGUAUUGCCGAUCGUGGUGCCGAUUUUGUUUUGGAACGUGAAUGGAUGCGUAUUUGUUUUGAGUUGCUCGACCUUUUAAAGGCACACAAAAAGGGGAUCAGAAGAGCCGCAGUCAAUACUUUUGGUUACAUUGCAAAGGCAAUAGGUCCACAAGAUGUAUUGACAACACUCCUCAACAAUCUCAAGGUGCAAGAUCGUCAGAAUCGUGUUUGUACUACAAUUGCCAUUGCCAUUGUCGCAGAAACAUCUGCCCCCUAUACUGUCCUUCCAGGCCUCAUGAAUGAAUAUCGUAUCCCAGAGCUCAACGUUCAAAAUGGUGUCUUGAAAUCGCUCUCUUUUCUCUUUGAAUACAUUGGCGAAAUGGGUAAAGACUAUAUAUACGCUGUUACUCCUCUACUAGAGGACGCUCUCAUGGAUCGUGAUCCAGUUCAUCGUCAAACUGCAUGCUCUGCCGUCAAACACAUGUCUCUUGGAGUACAAGGUCUAGGUUGCGAGGAUGCACUCGUUCAUCUACUCAAUCUUGUGUGGCCAAAUAUUUUAGAAACCUCUCCCCAUGUUAUCAAUGCAUUUUUAGAGGCAGUAGAGGGUUUACGUAUCGCUUUGGGGCCUGCUGUCAUUCUUCAAUAUACUUUACAAGGACUCUUCCAUCCAGCUCGUCGUGUUCGUGACAUUUAUUGGAAGGUUUUCAACAUGCUCUACGUUUCCUCUCAAGAUUCAAUGAUUCCUGCCUAUCCAAAAACAAUAGACGAUGGAUUAAAUACUUAUCAACGUUAUGAAUUGGAAUAUAUAUUGUAA